UAAAUUUGAUCGGAGUCAAGUAGAUGACCUCCCGGCAGCCCUAUGAUUGGCUUCUUGUCGUUUUAUCAAUCUCUGAUUGGCAGGAUUAGAAUCGACGUCGGUCGUCGUUUUUGGGCGGUAUCAACCUUAUCAGCUAGGUUUAAACCACAACAAUCGCGGCAGUCGUUGACAAGUAAGCGUUCCAGCUGUCACUCAACUAACCUCUUUGAAUCGUCCGCGAGAAUGUCUCAGAAAUUAAAAAAAGUGUGCAUAGUAGGCAGCGGCAACUGGGGCUCAGCCAUCGCGAAAAUUGUCGGGAGCAAUGCGAAAAAACUACCCCAUUUCGAUGAUAAGGUUACGAUGUAUGUUUACGAAGAAAUGAUAAAUGGGAAAAAACUUACAGAGAUCAUUAAUGAAACCCACGAAAAUGUCAAAUAUCUUCCAGGUCACAAGCUUCCUCCUAAUGUCGUGGCGGUUCCCGAUGUAGUAGAGGCCGCCAAAGAGGCUGAUAUUCUUAUUUUUGUAGUGCCACACCAGUUCAUAAGAACUUUAUGCUCAACUCUUUUAGGGAAAAUCAAACCAACAGCUAUUGCUUUAUCUCUGAUUAAGGGCUUUGACCGAGCAGAGGGCGGCGGAAUCGACCUCAUUUCGCACAUAAUCACCCGCCACUUGCGCAUCCCUUGCUCCGUCCUCAUGGGGGCGAACCUCGCUGGUGAAGUGGCCGACGAGAAUUUCUGCGAAACAACCAUCGGUUGUAGAGACACCAAACAGGGACCACUGCUCCGCGAUAUUAUCCAAACUGAUUAUUUCCGAGUGGUCGUAGUGGACGACGAAGACACUGUCGAGAUUUGUGGGGCGUUGAAAAACAUCGUCGCGUGUGGGGCAGGUUUCGUGGACGGUUUGGGCUUGGGUGACAACACCAAGGCCGCCGUAAUCCGAUUGGGGCUCAUGGAGAUGAUCAAAUUCGUCGAUGUUUUCUACCCGGGAGGAAAAUUGUCAACCUUCUUUGAAAGUUGCGGCGUCGCUGAUUUGAUCACGACGUGUUACGGGGGUAGAAAUAGGAAAGUGAGCGAAGCGUUCGUCAAAACAGGAAAAUCGAUAAAAGUGUUGGAGGACGAGAUGCUGAACGGACAGAAGUUGCAAGGGCCCUUCACGGCAGAGGAGGUCAACUAUAUGUUGAAAAAUAAGGGCAUGGAGGAAAAGUUCCCGUUGUUUACAGCCAUUCAUAAAAUAUGUACAGGACAGAAACCAGUCGCUGAAUUUAUCGACUGCAUUAGGCACCAUCCUGAGCACAUGUAAGUGCUUUUCACAAAAUAACACAGAGUACAACUUGCUAAUGCAUGUGCUAUAAACAUUAUUUACCGCAAAGCAAAGUCCGUUGAUGAGACCGUCUAGUAAUUAUUACAUUAAUUACCAAUUAUUUGUUAUGUUUUUUUACUAGGUGGUCGUUUAUAUAUUUUUAUACUAUACAAUUGUUGCGUAGUUUUUAGCUACAUUGUUAUGUUUUUAUCUUUACUAAUAUGUUUGAGAUUGCGAAAAUUCUAUUGAUUGUUAUGCAUGUAAUUAAGUUGCUAUAGAGAACAGGAAUUUUACAGGGUUUUUACAAUAUAUUUUAUUUAUUUUAAUCUUCUAACGUGACUCAAUCUAGAGUUUAAUGUAUUGAUCAUGUAGAUUAGUAAGUAUGGCUUCUUGCUUUUGAAAUUAACCGGAACAGAUUAAUUCCCCGUUACAUAUCAGAAUUUUCGUGAUUUUUUUUCAAGCAAUUUGUCAUGUCUUGCUAUUUUAAUUUUUUUACCUCAUGUAUAAAUAUCAUUUGCUAUGCCAUGCAUGUAUUUGUUAUAACUUGUAACAAUGCCAAUAGAAAAGGUGUUAAUUUGAAGUAGCGAGUGCCUUGAAAAUCUUUGGAAAACAUCAUAUAAUACAUUUCAUCAAAAGUAUACUAAUAACAAUCGUGUGUAGGUGAUAAUUAGUCAUUCCGCCAAAUUUACUUAAAUAUGUACUAAAACCACUUCAACUUCAGUCAAUACCUAAAUCAUUUAUUUCACGAGUGUAGAUGUAUACUUGUAAUUUUUGAUAAAAACUUCAGGUGUGUGUGUGUGAUAACUGAUAACAUUGUGUGUGAGAUUUGGACCAUACGUAAUUAUAAUAUUUUCGCUAAAAGUACAAGAUGUCCGGAUUUGUGAAUAAUCGGUGAAUAAAAAUAUUAGCAACCAUUCA